AUGCGUUCUCUCAUUCUUCUCUUGGCUCUUUUCGUUUUUUGUGCCGCUUUCGACAAGUUUUCGAUCAGCAAAGAUAAGGGAGUUCGAGCCAAUCUCAAGCACCCAAUCUCCCGUCGAGUUCUCCGAUACGAACGUUCUGUAGCCUAUGAAGACUUCCCAACUCCAGGAGAAAUGGCUCCAAAAUACGUGCCCAUCAUGGAUUUUGCCAAAGUUAGACCAGAAAUUCCAUCAAAAACGAAGCAUAAUUCUGAAUUCGCCGACGCCGAAUACCAACCAGACCUCGAUUUUUAA